AUGGGUUCCGUUCUUUUUGACGGACGGCCGCCGCACCUCCUCCUCCUUCUCCUCCUCCUCCUGCCGGCCCUCCUCCUGCUCUGCUCUGCCGAGCGCACCUGCCCCAACAGCUGCCGCUGCGAGGGGAAAAUCGUCCACUGCGAGUCGGCCGGCUUCCAGGACGUCCCCGAGAACAUCUCAGUGGGGUGCCAGGGCUUGUCUCUGCGCUACAACGACCUGCACACACUGCUGCCUUACCAGUUCGCCCACCUCAAUCAACUGCUGUGGCUUUACCUGGAUCACAACCAGAUCUCCGCCCUGGACAGCCGGGCUUUCCAGGGGGUUCGCCGGCUGAAGGAGCUGAUCCUGAGCUCCAACCGGAUCACGUCGCUCCACAACGCCACCUUUCAUGGGGUGCCUAACCUUCGCAGCUUGGAUCUCAGCUACAACAAGCUGGAGGUGCUGCAAGCUGGGCAGUUUCACGGGCUACGCAAGCUGCAGAACCUUCACCUGCGCUCCAACGGGCUCACCAACGUCCCCAUCCGAGCCUUCCUAGAGUGCAGGAGUUUGGAGUUUCUGGACCUGGGCUACAACCGCAUCAAGCUGCUGACCCGGACCACCUUCCUGGGCCUCCAGAGGCUCAUGGAGCUGCACCUCGAGCACAACCAGUUCUCCAGGAUCAACUUCUUUCUGUUUCCGCGCCUGGCCAACCUGCGGUCCCUCUACCUGCAGUGGAACCGCAUCCGAGCGGUCAACCAGGGUUUGCCCUGGACCUGGCAUACCCUGCAGAAGCUCGACCUCUCUGGAAAUGAGAUCCAGACCCUGGAUCCAGCCGUGUUCCACUGCCUGCCCAACCUCCAGGUCCUCAACCUGGAGUCCAACAAGCUGGCGAAUGUCUCCCAGGAGGCGGUGUCUGCCUGGAUCUCCCUGACCUCCAUCAGCCUGGCGGGCAACGUGUGGGACUGUGGGACUGGCAUCUGCCCCCUGGUGGCCUGGUUGAGGAACUUCAGAGGCACCAAAGACACCACCAUGAUCUGCAGCAGCCCUAAGUCCCUGCAGGGCGAGAAAAUCAUGGAGGCGACCAGGAACAGCGCCAUCUGUGACGAGAGUGAGUAUUUCCAAACAGAGACCCCCUCACCGACGCCAGAACUCAUUCCCGAGACCACCCCCGACCCCACCUUCGCUCCCACCCACCCGCCUCCGCCCCUCCCCCCACCAACCACCCUGUCGCCCCUGCCGCCGCCCCAACCCCAACCCCUCCCAGGUCCCACCUUCCCCAGCCAAGGAGGGAUGGACCCCCGCGACGCCCCUCCCCGCGCCCCACCCUCCAUCGACAGCCCCCCGCUCACGCCGUCCCCCGAACUGCAGCACAUGUCCUUUCACAAGGUAGUGGUGGGCAGCGUGGCGCUCUUCUUCUCCGCGUCCCUCGUCCUCACCGUCCUGUACGUGGCUUGGAGGCGUUACCCGGGCGCAGCCCGCCUGCUGCAGCAGCGCUCCAUGGUCGGGCGCAAGCGUCGGAAAAAGAGCCCUGAGCCGGAGCAGAACUUGAGCUCUCAGCUACAGGAGUACUACAUGAGUUAUAACCCGGCAGCCAACCCGGAAGUUCUGGAGGUGCUAGGCAACGGCUCUGGGGCGUGCACCUGCACCAUCUCAGGCUCCAGGGAAUGCGAGAAUGAAUACAUAUGCCCCCGUCCCCUGCCUGGAGCCUGGCCCGGAGACAUCCCAACCAUCCACUAGAGCACCAGCCCAGCAGGAUCCCCUCUGCUGGGGGUCCGGAGGGGCCCGGGUCCCCCCCCUCCCCCCCCUCCCCCCCCAGCCUCUCUCCUCCCUUUUCCACAGGCCUCAUGAGGGGCCUUGAGGACUGGACUAGCACCCCUCCACAGGCCUCAUGAGGGGCCUUGAGGACUGGACUGGCACCCCUCACACCCUCCACAUGCUUUAUGAGGGCCUUGAGGACUGGACUGGCACCCCUCCACAGGCCUCAUGAAGGCCUUGAGGACUGGACUGGCACCCCUCACACCCUCCACAUGCUUUAUGAGGGCCUUGAGGACUGGACUGGCACCCCUCCACAGGCCUCAUGAAGGCCUUGAGGACUGGACUAGCACCCCUCCACAGGCCUCAUGAGGGGCCUUGAGGACUGGACUGGCACCCCUCCACAGGCCUCAUGAGGGGCCUUGAGGACUGGACUGGCACCCCUCCACAGGCCUCAUGAGGGGCCUUGAGGACUGGACUGGCACCCCUCCACAGGCCUCAUGAGGGGCCUUGAGGACUGGACUGGCACCCCUCCACAGGCCUCAUGAGGGGCCUUGAGGACUGGACUGGCACCCCUCCACAGGCCUCAUGAGGGGCCUUGAGGACUGGACUGGCACCCCUCCACAGGCCUCAUGAGGGGCCUUGAGGACUGGACUGGCACCCCUCCACAGGCCUCAUGAGGGGCCUUGAGGACUGGACUGGCACCCCUCCACAGGCCUCAUGAGGGGCCUUGAGGACUGGACUAGCACCCCUCCACAGGCCUCAUGAGGGGCCUUGAGGACUGGACUAGCACCCCUCCACAGGCCUCAUGAGGGGCCUUGAGGACUGGACUGGCACCCCUCCACAGGCCUCAUGAGGGGCCUUGAGGACUGGACUGGCACCCCUCCACAGGCCUCAUGAGGGGCCUUGAGGACUGGACUGGCACCCCUCCACAGGCCUCAUGAGGGGCCUUGAGGACUGGACUGGCACCCCUCCACAGGCCUCAUGAGGGGCCUUGAGGACUGGACUAGCACCCCUCCACAGGCCUCAUGAGGGGCCUUGAGGACUGGACUGGCACCCCUCCACAGGACUGGGGACAAUCGGAGAGGGGCGCCAGAUAGACUCCCACAAACUCUCCUUCGCUCUAGUCGUCGUGUGUUUUCUUUGUCUUUUUCGUUCUCUCUCUCCGUGUGAUGCUUUUAGACUUGGCUGCUAACGGCGGGCGCCCAAAAGCGGCCCCUCGUUCAACACCUCAGAGACUCAAGCUAGGAACGGACUUACUCGCUUCCUUUCUGCCGGCUGCCAUGGUGAUGGGGCCCGGUGUCAUGGGGACGG